AAGUGCAAGGCCGCGGAGUUCCGUUGCGUCGAGUAGUUCAAGACAUCGCGUCUACCUCCGUCGAUUUCCGCCGUAAAUUUGUGAAUUUAUCACGUUCACACUUGUUAUCCAUUGAAAAACCUGCCGAAAUGCACGCAUCAACGAAUUCUAACCGUAAAGUGAUGAAAAUGUGAGGGAAUGAGAGUUGUUUCGGUGAAGGCGCUUGUAAACGUGACGCGUAGUUACCGGUAAGCCCUCUCCUCGCAAAACAAAGGACUCGUUCAUGAUUUUCGGGACACGUGACGCGCGACUCUGACUCGACUCCCUGUAGUCCUCACUAAAUUAUUUCAUAGUGAAUGUUUCUCUCGAUUCCGAGACUUUUUGUCUGUUUUGGUAUGCACUUGAUCGUGCCGACAAGGUGAUUCAUACGAGAUAAACACGACUAUCUGUUCAGACAAUAGCGAGGGGAAGUGGAUAUCAGCGAAUAUGACGACCGAGAAAGUAGAAUUCGACACCUCGGCGAUGCAUGCCCUAAACGCCAACAUAAUGAAAUGUCUCGACGGAAUGAACGCGGCGUCACUCCUCUCAAAAUCCCUGACCCCCGAGGAGAAGAGGCACCUCGCCCGUGCCACCGAGGACUUUACAAACGGUCUCUACAACGCCGCGGUAAUUCGAUACGAAGCCUACGUCACCUCGAAACGUAAACUCCCCCUGAACAACAACGAGCACUCGCGCCUGGACAUAAUCGUCCAGUACCUCGUCUGUAAGUGCCUCCUGCAGUCUAAUCAAUUUCUAGAACUGAACAAGGCCCGAUCGAUCCUGACAGACCUAGAGGUCUCAUUCGGUGGCACCUACCCCAUGAUCUACCUGGGGCUCACCCAAUUCUACACCAAAGUCUUCUGCUUCGACGAGGCGGAGCGCAUGGCCACAAAAGGCCUGUCAGUCGCCAACUCCUCGGACUUUCCCGUGUGCUACCUCCCAGAAUCGGAGACCCUCAUCCCCGAGAGUACAAUGGACGAGCUAACAAAACAGCUGACAAGCCUCAAGGAGCAGUGCUCUGGCUGGCACCCACCAGACGCCAGAUGCUUCAUGACAAUCUGCAGAUUGACCUCUCAAAACCACAUCUGCGGCAGAGACAUCUUCGUCAAAUCCCCAGCGUACAACGGAAUGGUCACAGUCACCUGCAGCAAUACAACAAAUCCCUGCGAAAUUCACUUCCACUGCGCCUGCUGGAAGGUCAAGAAGGACGAGUCAUCGUCGAUUGCAAAGAUCUCAGACAAAGAGGUCCUCCUCAACUGGGAGUGCUUCACCCCCAACUGCGGUACCGAGGAGGAGCCAAGUCUCAUAAAAAAGAUAACAAUUCACAAAGAGGAUGGCAGUGUGAAGGACAUCGAGCCCUCGGCGGACAAAUCACAGUGGCAUGCUCAGCAGACAACUUCAAUAUCGAAGGGAGCUACUCGCAAACAGAAGCAGUUGAGCAGAAUAACAUCCAAAGUUCCCCGAGUCAAGCACAUUCUGCCCGUCGACAAGAUCAGCGAGACGACUGAGCAUCCCCACACCAGCGAGGACGCCUUAAACGUGUGCGGUGUUGUUCAGGGAGUGGAGGAAGUCGUCGAGUCUCUGGAGACAACGACAUGCGAUCUAUUCACCUCGAAAGUCAUGCAAAUGAUAUCCCUCAGGGAGUUGAAUUUCAAUAUAGAUCCAGAUAACGAUUGGAGGCCCAACAAGGCGUACUAUGGUAACGAACACAUGAGGAGUACCAUUGACACAAGUUACGAGCCUGAUUUCUCAGAGGACGGUGAAAGCAAGAUUUUCAUUAAAUCCUUUUUGUUCUCUUAUUUUUUAUCGUAUAUUGAGAAUAGGGGGCCCAUUAAGAAUGAUGACUUGAUGAGGGAGUGGAAUAGUUUGACUGAGAGCAGUGAUUUCGAGCCUAUUCUCAAGGAUUUCGAUGGGAUCAUUGAUGUGAGAAAGUUUUUGCUUCAAUCCCUCAAGUUUGUGGCUAUUGGGAACUACAUUUGUAUACCAGCAUUGCUGCCGGGGGCUUAUGCACUCGCGGAGGAGGAGGCAGAGCUCAGGGUGAUGGAGAUGAUGGAGAAGAAGACGUUUGACUUUAGUAGUGGGCAUCUGAAGAGGAGGAAGAAGACGGAGGUCGAGGUGAAAUCUGAACCUCGUGAUCGAGCUGCCACUGCUAGUGCGAAGGUGGAGGGUGAGAAGGCUGAGGCUGAUCCAGCUGAGAGUGAUCCAUUCUUGCUGACCGCUGAGGAUUUUCUGGAUGAUGUGGAGGAGGAGUCGGAUGGGGAUGCUUACAGCACUACUGUUGAGUCGGAGGACUCGAGUGAUACGAAUGCGAGCUUCCAGACGCCUGUGAAGAAGAUGAAAGUACAGGAGGUAGAGGAGGACGUUGCUGGCGAUGUCAAGAAGAAGUUGGAAAAGAAGUUUGUCGAGGAGGAGAUGAAAGAGACUGCGGUGAAAGAGAAGGGUGAGGAUGAGGGGGCAGAUGGUGGGAGAGUUGAAGAGAAUAAUGGGGACGAGAUUGAAGGGAUUGAACGGAUGGAAGAAUCUGAUAAGGAGGAGGUGAUUGAACAGCCCUCAUGCAAGGUUGAACAGGCAGCGAGGGAACAAAUGCCACCACCUCCAAAACCACAUGAGGUUAAACAAAGAAAGAAGAAGAAACAUGAGAUUAAGCAAGGAAAGAAACAAGUGAUUACGACUCAGAAGAAGAAAAAUAAGAACAAGAAAAAUCAGCAAAGCAAUAACAGGAAGCCAUCGGAGAAGCCAAAGGAAAUUUCUGAACGUUGCGUCAUCGAGACUGAGUCAGAGGGGACGCUGGACGAUCAAGACGACCUCCCCUGGGACUGCAAGAAGCACGAGUAUUGCAGAUGCGAGAAACUGUAUGACCAGGAAGCUGCGAUCAAAACCCUGGAGGAAGAGCUAGAAAGCUACCGAGAAGAGCUUCGAAGAAGUGGAGAGAGGCUGAAAAUGAGUGAAGACGAACACCUGAAGACUCAAGAAAAACUCCAGAAGACUCAGGACGAACUCCAGGAGGCUCAAGGCAAAUUACAGACAGUCUCAGACAAGCUCCAGAAGAAUAAAGACGAGCUAGAGACGGUGAAAACGAGACUCAAGGAGACUGAAGACCAGUUGAAAACCACUGAAACUGAUCUUCAGAGCAGUCGAAACGAGCUGAAAUCCGAGCAGGACAAGUCCACAGAGAUGAAGCGAAAGAUGUCGAUGAAAAUUCUGGAUUAUGAGUUCAAUUACAACGUCAACUUGAUCACUUGCAAGAUUGACAUAACCCAGAGUCAAUACGCUGUUGUAGCUAAACUCCAGAAUCUCGUGCAUCAGAUUACGAAGAAUUACUUGAAUGUUGAUUGGACAGAGUGGGCAGAUCCCCUGGAGAAGCUCGAGAGGAUGCGAGCAGACCUCGAGAGUGAGCACAGAAAGCUGACAAAGCUGAUGAAAUCGAACAAUCCGAGUGAGGAGAGGGAGCAGGCCUUCAGGACCCACAUGAAUACCCUCAACUCCCCGCCCCUUCCUCAGAGGAAUAUUCAAGAUUUAAUGGAAAUAGCUGUCAACAUGUUGAAAAAUCACUUCCAGCAGCCAAUGGUAAGUUAUCGUCGAGCUAUUGUUCCACCUGGGGUUAAUCAGGUUCCCCCAAUAAUCCCUCUGUGGUAUCAACAACAGCCCCGUUACGCUCCACCACCUUCGCUUCCAUGCAGUCCCUAUCACCCCUUGAACAACCCCAUGAUGCCAUCGGGAUCGUUUCAAUCGUCUGGGUACUCGAGACCUCCCUAUGUGAGAGCAGGAUUCCAAAGAGAGUAUUCACCUUAUCUGGGGUCUCCUAUCACCAUUACUGAUGUCACGACAAAUCCCCCAUCUGCGACACCACCAGUACAAACCUCUGAUGAUAAGAAGAAGAAAGCUGAGGUCAGAAGAGAGAGCUCUGAGUCAGAGUCCAGUGAGGAGCAUUCUGAAAAGAGAAGUGGAGAGAGCAGCAGGUCAGAGGUGUCGAGCAGUUCGAGAGAUGCAGUAGAUCCUGGACAAGGGCCAGUUGCUGCCGUGGAGGGACAGCCAAAUGAACCCCAGGUGGACAAGAAUUCACAAGAUAUUGUUAGUUCUCAGGUGCACGCUUCUCCAGCAGUUGCAUCGGACAAUACCAAUGUACGUGUCAAGAAUUACAUUCAGGUUCCACCGCCAGUGCCAACGGUUCCUCCAACGAAAGUCAAACCUGCUCAAGUCAUUCUAAAAGCUCCUGUUCAAGCUCAUGUGCAAACUUCUGCACAAACACUACAGGAUCCAUCUGUAAUCAUGAGUGUUCUUGCUCAGUCUGUGCAGCCAAUUGAAGCUAGUGAUGCCAAACCCCCUGUUCCUGGCUCGUCGAUGAUGCCAGCUCUUGCCUCUACCUCUUCAUCAUCUCCACCUUUGACGGUUAAUGCAGCUCCAACGACUCCAGUUGAAGCGGCUAAAGCUCUUCCUGCUACAACAGUGAAGCCUGCAACUCUGGCAGCCAAUUUUGCAUCGCUUGUGGCUCUAGCUGCUUCGUCAUCUUAUGCAGUGAACAAAAUGCCGAGACCUGCUGAGGUGGUUUCUGCACAGAACCUGCAGAUUCAUCCAUCUUCACCUAUUCCUCAAGCCAUGAAGGUUCCCCAGAAUGUGCCAGCAACUCCCCCAGCGAAGAAACUGUUGACAGCACUUGAUGUGACUGCCCAGCAGGCAGUUAAAGCCUCUGCAAAGACAGCUUCAUCAGACAGCAGUUCAUCAGCAGUUCAUCAGGGUCUGGUGAAGGAGAAAAUGUCAGAGCAAUCAGCACCUCCUUCUCGUCCACCGAGUGUUCAAGAGCCUGAGAGGAACAACGAGAGGCCAGUGCAUGGGUUCGGUGAAGUCAAGAAACAGAAGAUACAGAGCAUGGACAAGCUGCUGCACAUCCUUCGUAAUAAGCAUCCUGGAGUGCUCGAAUUCGAUCUCAUAUGGAGCAUUAAAAUUGUGAGGAAGAAUCAUAAUGACUCUCUGACUGGACUUCCUCUCGUUCAGAUCAUCGCGGAGGCUGAUAAGAUCCUCAAUUCGAGGCAGAAGCUCCAGCUGAUUCCUUAUCUCUCCAGCAACAAGCCUGCUAAUGUGAAGAAUCAGGGGGUCUACUUGACCACGCAGGCGGGGAGAACGGGGAGUGAUCCUAACUCCUCGACGUCUUCUGUUUCGUCCUUCCAUCGAGACACUGUUGCCAAGAAGAAUCCCUGGAGCAAGCCUCAGAACGUCUCCUGGAUCAAGGAGUCCCCGGAGGCUGAAUGUGUCAUCUGCUGGGAGACCCUAGUCUCUGAGCUGAAGAUACCGACGUACACCCUAGAGUGCCAACACACAUUCCACAAGCAGUGCCUGGUCACCUGGUUCAACCAGAGCCGAUCGUGCCCCACCUGCAGGAUCCACUCGACAAUUGACGACGAGUUCCCUCCACUGCCGUAAUCAAGUACAACAACGAUCAUUUCAUUUUUUCUUUAUCUGGUAUUUCCUUCAUCCAACGGCAGCACUUCUUUUUAUUUUUGUACAAGCUGAUAACGAGUAUUUUACCAACGUUAAGAGUUAGAAUUAUUUUUUUAACUAUUGAACCGUUGAGAGAUGUGUUUAUUAAAUAAUACAGAUUAUUAUUUUCUUUCAUACAUUUUUUUUAUUGGUAAUUACCACCAGAAACUAAUAGAAAAGCAUGGAGACAGGCUCACAACGUGAUGCCACCAUCCUGGAGGAAUGAAUAGCAUUUCUCCCUCGUUAAGAUAACACAUUAUUCCUUGAGCAUUUUUAAAAUCAGGGAAAUUAACAUAAUCAGGAUUUAUCGGAUCCACUUGUGCUGUGUUGGAUAACAACCUCGUAUCGUAUGGAUACAAAUUUCUACUAUCAUUUGGAUGAUAAAGUAUCACUCGUUUGCAACCAAAAACCUGGAAAUGAUGGAAAAUCAAAAUUUCGUUAUUAGUUGAUUAUUUGAUUUGUCUCACCUGACACAGGAGAUUAUUUUUUGGAUCAUAGUGAAGAGGUGAGACUGUUCCUUUGGGGCCGAACCAGGCGUUAGUGUCAGGCAGACUGUCUUCAGAAUUAUCAGAGAAGCUGCAGUAGUCGGGAAUUGAAAAGUCUUCUUUCAGUUCUGGAAUCUUAACGACAUGAGGUUGUUCUCACAGCUGUGUUGGAUCUUAGUGUUAUAGAUAUUGCGACUCUUACUUGUUCGAAGAGCUGAUGUUGCGCGAGAUAUCCAACUUUAUCAUUGUUUUUUGUAACAUGUGAUUUAAUAAAGUCUGAGAGGGUAA